AUGUAUACUUUGAAAGGUAUAUUUCCUGAACCAAAAAAGGAGCAAAAAAAGAAUUUUAUAAAGGAAAAUAUGAAACAGCUAAAAAUGAUUCAAGGCAAAUCUCCGAAAGAACCUAAAUUUACUUUGAAAUCUGUUCAUCCGCCACAUCUGAACACACAAGCGGCUUCGAGCGCCCUCGGCCAAGUGAGGUCUUCACCAUCCAAUAAGAGUGGCAAGGUUACGUUGAAUGUUGGCAAAACGAGUUCCUCGAACUCACGCAAAGAAACACAACGAAAUACGAAUAAAGAAAGGCGAUAUGGCAGAGUUCCUCAAGAGAAAAGAAAUGAGACAAAUGAAGCAGCAGGAAGAAGAAUAGGAAGGAAAAAGAUCCUUACUUACCAUCAAGCUACCAGAAGGGUGUACUUCCAAAAUAUUUGCGUGAACGUAAAGAAGUCGGAAAGGAGUUGGACGAGGCCGGUAUCGAAAGAAGAACAUGCCGUUUGUCCUCCCGGACAUGUCACACUUCCCGAUAACGAAAGAAAGGAAACCCUUCGCAUGCUGCGGAAUAGCUUUGCAGAACUUGUAAGUGAAUUAAAUAAAAUGCCAGUUAAAACUGACACGUUGAGGAUGAGGAACAGGAAGAUGGAGCUUGAGAAGCAGCUCGCCAAGUUAGAGGAGGGCAUCAAGGUGUUCUCGCGGCCAAAGGUGUUUGUUAAGAUUGGGGAGUAA